UUUACGCGGAUCAUAACCUGAGUUUUUUCUUUGAAUGGAAAAAUAAGAGUGCACAUGGUCAAUAUUUAUGUUUAUAAAUAUAAUUUUUUUAAAUUAUUAGUUGAAAAUGUUGGCUACGAAAACAUUUUUUCGUAAAACUAAAAGUGGUAAUAUUUUUAAAAUUGUAAGAGAUCAUUACCUACGAGAUGACAUUUGGUGCGGAUCCGAAGCAUGUAAAUUAUGUAGGCCUCGUAAAAAGGACUUAAUUCUAGAAGAAGAAACUCCAGGUGUCCAGAGCUCACUAGUUUCUGGGCCGCAUUAUUUAUUACUUGACACUAACGUAGUUCUUGACCAAAUAAAUAUUUUAGAAGAAGAUAUUCUUUGCAACGUAAUAAUCCUCCAAACAGUCCUAGAAGAAGUAAAACACCGUAGUUCCAAUGUCUACAAAAAACUUAAAGACAUUAUCGCAGACCCUAAGCGCAAGUUCUACGUUUUUGUCAACGAGCACCACAAGGACACCUUCGUAGAGCGAGUACCUGGAGAAAAAAUAAACGACCGCAAUGACAGGGCCAUCAGGGUGGCCUGUCAAUGGUACAAAAGUCACCUGGCGGCCUCGAAAAAUAUAAAUAUAAACAUUGUUCUGCUCACUGACGACAAUGACAACCGGACCAAGGCCCAGGAUGACGGGAUCCUCGCGUUCACGAUGGAAGAGUACAUUUGUUCAGUAGAAAAUUGCGGGUUCCUGGCAGAUAAACUGUGCAAAAAAAAUUAUGUUGUUGAUGGUGGUAGAGGUGAACCCUUGUUUCCUUCUCACUUAACCCCUGGUCAGUUGCACGAUGGAAUUAAAAAUGGUAAAUUACUUCAGGGAACAUUUUUAGCUUCACGUGAAAAUUUUUUGGAAGGAAGUGUCAAUGUCGAAGGAAUGGAAAAAUUCAUAUUCGUACAAGGGAGGGUCGGUUUAAAUCGAGCAAUCGAUGGUGACAUUGUAGCCAUUGAAUUAUUACCAGAGGAAGAAUGGUCGGUGCCAAGUGAAUUAAUUUUACAAGACGAAGUCGAUGAAGAAGAUCCAGGUGAUACUUUAGAAGAAGAAAAAGAAUUAAUUGUUGAGCCGACGAAAAAAGUUGAGCGGACGCCAACAGGUAAAAUAGUUGGCAUCAUCAGACGAAAAUGGCGACAAUAUUGUGGGAUAUUACAGCCAAGUGCUGUCAAAGGAAAUGUGAAGCAUCUUUUCGUGCCAGCGGAGAAAAAGAUUCCAAAAGUGAGAAUCGAGACUCGUCAAUCCGAGACUUUGUGCAGUCAGCGAAUAAUUGUCGCCAUUGACUCUUGGCCGAGAAAUUCGCGUUAUCCGUUGGGACAUUUUGUACGUGCCCUGGGUGUCGUCGGUGAUAAGGAAACUGAAAACGAAGUACUUUUAUUGGAACAUGAUGUACCGCACAGCAGAUUUUCUGACGCCGUUCUUAGUUUUCUUCCAAAGUUACCCUGGAUUAUUACCGAUGAAGACAUUGCAUCGAGAGAAGAUUUGCGUCAUCUCGAUAUCUGUUCAGUUGACCCUCCAGGAUGCACGGACAUUGACGACGCACUUCACUGCAGAGAUCUAGACAAUGGGAACCUGGAAGUGGGCGUUCAUAUUGCGGAUGUUACCCAUUUUAUACGACCUGGAACUGCUUUGGACAAAGAAGCUGCUUUGAGAGCCACUACUGUUUAUCUGGUUGAUAAAAGAAUUGACAUGGUACCGGGUUUGCUGAGUUCAAAUCUCUGUUCACUUCGUGGUAAUGAAGAACGAUUUGCUUUCUCAUGUAUUUGGGAAAUAGAUCACGAUGCAAAUAUCAUUAAUACCAGAUAUUGUAAAUCAGUUAUUAAAUCAAGACGAGCAAUGACUUACGAAGAAGCUCAAUUACUAAUUGAUGAUAAAUCACAAAAUGAUGCACUAGCGGUAUCGUUGAGAGGAUUAAAUAAUUUAGCCAAAAAAUUAAAAAAACGUCGUCUGGAAAAUGGAGCGCUCGUAUUGGCAUCUCCAGAAAUAAGAUUUCAAGUCGACAAUGAAACUCACGAUCCGAUUGAAGUAGAAGCUAAAAAAUUACGCGAAACAAAUUCAAUGGUAGAGGAGUUUAUGUUAUUAGCAAAUAUAUCAGUUGCGGGAAAAAUUCUCGCGGAAUUUCCAGACUGCGCGAUGCUGAGAAGGCAUCCGGAGCCACCGCAAUCAAAUUUCGAGCCGCUCGUAAAAGCCGGCAGACAUCAAGGCUUCGAAAUUAACACGACGAGCGGAAAGGAGUUGGCGCAAUCGCUGGAGGCUGCUCACAAAGAAGACAACCCGUACUUUAACACGAUGUUGAAAAUUUUAGCGACUCGUUGCAUGAUGCAGGCUGUCUAUUUUAUAAGCGGGAUGGUUCAGCAGCCAGAAUUUUUCCACUAUGGUCUAGCCUGUCCCAUCUACACUCACUUUACAUCACCAAUUAGAAGAUACGCUGAUAUAGUCGUCCAUCGACUACUUGCCGUUUGCAUCGGAGCUGACGCAACUUAUCCAGAUCUACUGGAUAAGAAAAAAAAUCAUGCGUUAUGUCAUAAUUUGAAUUAUCGUAAUCGUAUGGCUCAAUAUGCUGGACGUGCCUCUGUUGCGCUGAAUACUCAUUUGUUCUUCCGUGAAAAAAUAGAAGAUGAAGACGGCUACAUAUUGUUUGUCCGUAAAAACGCUCUGCAAGUACUAAUUCCUAAGUACGGAUUAGAAGGGACGUUGUAUUUAAACAAAAAAGGUGAAACCUCGGGCGUUAAAUUUAUUUACAAUGAAGAAGAACACACGCAGACUUGUGGUGACGUUGUCUUUAGAUCUUUCGAUCCCGUUGUUGUACAAUUAAGUUUAGACAGAUCGAAUGUUCAACACGAAAAAUUAGUUUUCAAGCUCGUUAAGCCAGAGAUUCCUGGGUUUAGUGUUCCCGACGUCAAAAAACGUAAAGUGUCUGAUCCUGAGCCAACGCCUGUCGAAGUUCCGGCCAAGAAAAAUAAAAAACAGAAGAAGAAGAAAAACAAGAACUGAUUUUAUUUUAUUGUUAAUUACCCGCAUAAUAUUAUUGUUGUAAUUAAAAAUAAAUAAUUAUUUUUACAGUGUGAAUCAUAAUUAAUACGCGACGAACGAGUGGUAAAUGUCAAUUUUAUGUUAUAAAUUUAUGUAUAAAAAACAUUUUCCAAUAAAAAUUGUUUUAUACUUCA